AAGAGGACCUGGGAGUUGUGCCAGCUUUGGAGUUCCACAGGACUCUUCCUCAGGAAAGGGAAAAAAGAAUGUGGGAGGAGGGGGAGGAAUGAAUGGGAUUUGCAAAAAGCUCCUCUCCCUAACCUUCCCUCCUCUUUGUUCCUGAGCAGAGAGAGUAUACUGCAAAGCCCAGCAUCCACAGCAGUCUCAAAAUGGAGAAGUCUGAAGGUGGAGGCCUCCAUUUUGCUGUUUCUGUUCUCAAUUCAGAUGGUAUCAAGGGGUAUUUAUUUCAGGCAGGCACCUCUUCCUUCUGGCCAUGUGGCAAAUGGGAGAUCCUCAGAAGUCCAGGAAAUUUAACAGCCAUUUGCAACACAAUAAAAAGAUACACCCUUUGCUAUCCAAUAUGUCUCCAUCCUUUGUGAGGCCACAGGCCCCUUUUGUUAGGCGGAUGACACUGAAUUUCCCAAGAACUCUUCAUGCUUUUGCACCAGGAACUUUACCUUGAGGUAAAGCUUUACCUCAACACCACAUAAAGUUAAGGUAAAACACCAUCUGAAGUUGAGGUAAGGUUUUAUCUCAACACUGCAUAAAUUUGAGGUAAAGUUUACCUCAACGCCACCUAAAGUUGAGGCAAAGUUGACUGAUCUUGCAUAGCUUCCAAGAUCAGGAUGUUGUUGGGCUGCAGCAUUUCUAUCUCCCUCAUAAACUGUACCAAGCUACCUCCCCCUCACCCCCCCCCUUCUCCUGGGUAGCAUUUUCUGUUUUAGUUUGGCAAAUUUGAACCCAGUCAUUGCAAAAACAACAACACACAAUCUCAACACCUCAUUGGCAAGAGAGCUUUACCUUCACUUGUGAACAUUCACAGCCUCUUGCACCCCUGCCGUUUUAUGGCACUGAUGCCUUAAAAGCAAAAAGAAUGUCUGGCUCCUUUAUUUCAUUUGCAAGAGAACCAUCUGUAAAUUCUCACAUCUAGGUGAUCAGGCGGCACAUUUUUUGCUCGUAUGAUCACUACUUGAGAUCAACCAUAAUACACUGACCCAAGGGACGCCACUGGCCCGUCCUGUGACAAACUGGGAGGGUGUGAGGAGAUUAUUUCUCUGUGUAAGGGAGCAUAUGUAAAGGAGAGACUAUUUAAACAAGGACUUUUCUCCCUCCUUUCAGCAUCUGAUCUACCCUGAGGAGGUAUUUCACCGAGGAGUAGAAGAUCCUGGAUCCAGAGGAGAGGAUUCUUUACAAGAAGGUCAUGCUAGAGAAAUAUGAAAAUGCGGCAUCUCUGGGAAGACCAAUGGCAUUAGAGGCUGGAUUGAAACCAUUCCUUUUUGGAGGUGGAACAGAACAAGCGGCUGUCUCCCUGAAUCUUGACAGUGGCAGGAGAGAUCAAGUUGGCCAACCCCUGGUCUCCUUUGAGGAGGUGGCCGUGUAUUUCACUGAUGAGGAAUGGGACCUCCUGGAUCCAAACCAGCGGGCUCUUUACGAGGAUGUCAUGCUGGACAAUUACGAAAACGUAGCUUCUCUGGUGUACCCUCUACCGCCCUCUGUGCCCUGCUCUCCAACAAGGAAAAAAAGCCCUGCAAUGGCCUAUGCUGGGACACAUAGUCUUACAUCGGUCUACCUGUCUGCAGAAAGCAUUCGGCCAAAUCCAUCUGUUUGUAGGAAGCCUUUUUCAAAUCGUUCAGCUGUGUCUGCAAAACCAGAUGCUAGCAAAGAAACCGGUGCUGCCGCCUCCUUAUCUUCAGCUGCUAAAGCCAGAAAGAAGCGCAAGGCACAAAGCGAAGGUCUACCUGACUGUAAACUGCAAUACAACGCAGAAGAAGCUGCUUGGCAAUUUGGCCCUGUCAGUGAAUCUGGCUGGUGCUCCAAUGGAUAUAAUGCCAAUUUUCCAGAGUCCUCUGUGGCAGUGUUGGAGUGCCGAAAUCUAUUGCAGCUGGAAUCCCAGGGAAAAAUUUACAAUGGUGGCAUCCCCUUCUCGGAUCAAGACUCCCGCUAUGCAAUACAAAACAAAACAGGAGCAGUUCCUUUUGACUCGCAUGCACAUUUUCGGAGACAGGACCAAGAGCAGGACCAUAUUCUUGUAGAUCAUGACACCAGCCCCAUAGUGCCCACUACCAAAGUAAGUAAUAUUCCCCCAAAAAUCAUUGGUAAUUGUCCAGAAGAACCAGCAGACGAAUGGAGGCUUUCAGGGGUUAUGCAUCCGGCAAGCAUGCCAAGCCAUCCAUUCAUGGAAUUAAUGCCAGCACCCCUGGCCGGACAGGAACCAACUGAAGGGCAUUCGAAAUCUACUGCCACAGGCAGACGCCACUCUUUUGUGUGGGACCACUUUGACCGCAUUGCAGAUAACCCACACGUGACAAUCUGCAGGUACUGCCACGCUCAAGUGAAAGUUGGAAAGCCUGGAGGGUGCAAGCGCUUGGGGACGAGCUCCAUGAUAAGACAUCUCGAACAUCGGCACCCUGUUCUCUAUAAUGCCCAGAGGAAAAUGGGCCCAGAGAGACCACCAGUCACCAGUCCCCUCUUGGGUUCUUUGCAGUCCACAUUCAGCUAUUGUGGAAUGGGAGGUCAGGUGCCAACUGCUACUGAACCCAGGCCCACAAAUCUUGCUGUUGAAAAACAGUUGCCGAUUGGGGAGUCCCUCAUGAUUGCGCCAGGUUUAAGCCCCAACAGCAGUACUGCCCUGCGCUGCACCCAGGCCCUGGCUAAGUAUAUAGCUAUAUCUAUGGUGCCCUUCUCUAUUGUAGAAGAUGAGGCGUUCCUGGAAUUUGUGCGCAAGCUGUGUCCCCGUUGGGAGGUACCUGGUAGACAGUAUCUCAUUCAGACAGCCUUUCCUGCACUCGAGACAGACAUCCGGACAGAGAUAAGGAAAGACUUUACAUGUGCUGUGGCUGGCGUUGUCCACUUCACCAGUCACUGCUGGACAAGCAGUCAGAGUAAAUCAUACCUAUGUGUAACAGCCCACUGUGUGGCACGCAGGAAGAGAACAUUAGUAAGACGGGCUGCCACACUCAUGUUGACCCAUUUCUCUGAGACACACAGCGCCACAAAUAUAGACAACAAACUGCAGGCUGUUGUACAGGAAUGGCUUGCUCCCCAGAAACUUGAACUGGGAUGUCUGGUCACCUACAGUGGCUCCAGCUUCCUUAGAUAUGCACACCAAAGAUCGGUUAGCCACAUUCCAUGCAUGGCGCACUGCAUCAGCUUUCUUGUCAGGAAUGCCCUGAAGGAUGACGCAAAUGCAGGAUUAAAGAAGGUGGUUGACCUCGCUCGCCGCAUUUGCCAUCAUUUCAAAACUUCCCGAGCUGCCAGUGAAGCUAUCCAUCGCCUGCAAGUGAAGCAUGGGCUCUCAGAGCACAGGUUUAUGUUUGAUGCACCAAGGAAGUGGAACAACACUCUGUACAUGCUUCAGCGCUUGGUGGAGCAGAAGAGAGUUGUCAUGGAGUACCUACUUGACCACACGGCACUCAACCUGUAUGUGAAUCCUGAGCAGUGGGAUGUGAUGCAAGGAUUAGUGGAUAUCUUGGUGAUUUUCGAUGAAACCACCGCUGUCCUCAGUGCAGAAGAUGCAACCAUUGGCCAAGUCCUGCCAUCUGUUGCCAUCAUGGAGCACUCCUUGGAGGAGUUUUUGGACCGUGCGCAAAGCCAAAGAACUCAUAGUGACAGCCCUGCCAUUGUCUUUGCGCAGAACCUGCUGCAAGCAUUGCGGUCAAGUAGGCACAUCUCAGGAAUCAAGAAGGACAAGAAAUUCUAUGCAGCUAGCAUCCUGGAGCUGUUGUACAGGGACAGCACCAUAGCGAAACUCCGUCCAGGUGCCCUCUCCUCCUCCACGGACAUUCAGCUCAAAGACGUUGAGGACUACAUACUGCAGUGUGGGCUGCAAUUCUACAGAAAACUUAACAGAUCUCAAGAAACUUCUCAUGCAAGCAUUGAUACUGACAAGAGGAGCAUGGAUCCUGUUUUGUCACAGCAGCAACAAAUCGCAGAGGUGGCAAGGCCAACCAUCAGCCCUUCCAGUGGGAAUUCUGUGUUGCGUCAACCAAAUUAUAUGCGCAUUAUGUUUUCACAAGGGCUUGUUCCAAACCAAACAGCCAGAUAUCUGCAAGGAACUUCUGACUCUGAGGCUAACUGCCCAGUUCACCUUGAACUGGAGGCAUAUCUCCAGGAGAUGCUCCCCAAGCACUACAUGAAUCCAGACACUAAGUCUCUAUCAUAUUGGGAGCAGAAGCUCAACAUUUGGCCUUCAUUAGCUAGAACGGCAAUUUGGUUGCUUUCUUGCCCACCAACUAGUGUUCCCAGUGAACGUGUUUUCUCGACCACUGAGAAUAUUGUCACCAAGCUGCGCACCAGACUCACUCCAGAAAAUGUCUGUAGAAUGGCAUUCAUCCAGGCCAAUAGAAGUUGGAUCCCCAGCACAAAUCUAUCACCUCCCCCUGAGAUGGACACUGCAGAAGAUAGAUCAAAGAGCCUUGGAGAUGAGGAGGAGGAGGACACUGAAGUAGAGUUUGCCUUGGUAGACACCGAAUGUGAGUGAUGGGAAACACUGCUGAGGCUGGUUUGGCUCAACGGCAAUACAGUACCUGGACUGUCUGGACACCCUAUAGGCUUGCCAUACCAUGUUAAACUUAACCAGUCAUCAUCCAUCUCCUUUAAUCAGGCACAAACCCAUUCAUUUUCUGUUACCAUAGGCAAAGACUUCUCUUUUAUUCCAGAAGGAUUUUAGAACUGUAGGUUUUCAUAGAAUCACAGAUUUGGAAAAUAGAUCUCAAAGGCCCUAGAGUCCAACCUGGGUCUGCCAUGCAGGAAUCCAAGCACUCCCAACAGAUGGCCAUCCAGCCUCUGCUUAAGAGCCUCCAAAGAAGAAGACCACUCUCCAAGGCAACAUUUGUCACUGCCAAACAGCUUGCACCAUCUACAUAUUCUUCCUUAUGUUGAAGUAGAAUCUCCUUUCCUGUAGUUUGAAUCCAUUGCUCCAUGUUUGAAUGUCUGGAGCAGCAGAGUACAAGCUUGCUCCAUCCUCACCCCUUCAAAUCUAUCAUC